GGCGGAGCCAGGCCGAUGCGGCUGGUGGCCUCGCUUCGGGAGCAGGGCGGCGGCGAGGAUGAGGGGAGUCGCUUCGUGGUCCCUCGUGCUCCUCGCGGGGCUGCUCCCGGCGCUGUCGGGGCUGAAGCUUCUCCUCAGCGCCCCGCCGCUUUUCAACUGUUCGCAGCCGGGUUUACGUUGUCGUGUACUAAACAGUACCUGCCUGGAUGAGAGCUGGUUCCGUUCUUCGAAAUGGACUCCUUCAGCCCCAAGUUCUGUCGAAGUGUUUAUUGAUACCUUCUUUGGUGAAAAUGGGAAAUUGGUCCCUGUGCUGAAGAUAGAGUGGAAAGUGGCUACCGAUGCAAGCAUCAUAUACCUCAGAGGAGUGGAAUUGGCUGUACUCCAAGUAAGCAGUAACCGGAAGAUUUGCGCUCAAUUUGACUUUCAAAAUAACUUGUCAUUCCAAGUCCGUCCAGACGGCGGGGGCCGGUGGAAUUUCUCUUUCAACCGUUUUGAGGUACAGCCAGGCCAAAUGUACCACGUAACUGUCCGUCAUUUGCCCCAAUUAAGUACUCCAGGGGACCAUAACAGGAAAUCAGUGUCAUUCACAGUACCAGAUUGCACAAAUCCUACCAUGAGAAAAACAGAACCAUGUCUGCAAAUAGGGAGUUUGUGGGAACCCAGAAUUAAUGGAACAACCCUAGGCGAUCAUUCUGUCUUGGUGACCUUUGACCCAGCAGUGAUGCCCGCCAGCUAUUUUAUCCAUGUAAUCAGUCUUCAGGAGGAUGAAAAGGAGUGUAAGAAGGCCACAGAAAGAAUCACAGAGAAGGGUCUGCAGCAGCGCCUGAAUGUGACAGUCAAGCUGGAAAAGAACUUGAAGAUUUGUUGCAAAUACAAAGUGCAGAUCCAACCACUGUUUCCUGCCUGUGCCAUAGACUGUAUGAGGCACUCAUUUUCAAUCCCGUGUCCUCCUCUGCUAUCAUCAUCAUCAUCAUCAUCAUCAUCAUUAUUAUUAUUAUUAUUAUUAUUUUCAGCGGGGCUGCCUUGGACCCACACUAUCAUCUGCAUUUUGUUAGUUGGUUCAGCUGUUGCUUCGGCAAUCUGUCUUACUCGAAGACAAAAAGAAUUAAAUUCUGGGGCAAAAAUUUGUGAUGCUGAACACCAUGAUGUCAUCCCUAUGUUACCAUCUCCUCCGCCCCUGAAGCCACGUACAGUUUGGAUUGUGUAUUCUGCUGAUCAUAAGCUCUAUGUAGACAUUGUAUUGAAAUUUGCUCAAUUCAUGAUCACAGUGUGUGGUACGGAGGUUAUCCUAGACCUGCUGGAUGAGCAUCAGAUAUCCGAGAUGGGGGCAGUAUGCUGGCUUACUCGGCAGAAACAGAAAAUGGAAGCACUCUCUUCAAAGAUCAUCAUCUUGUGCUCCCAGGGUACUCGAGCAAAGUGGCAGGCUAUGCUUGGGCAUGAGGAAGCAGCUGUACGUCUUAAGCAGGAAAACCUGCUGCCAGCAGGGGACAUGUUCACUCCAGCACUGAAUCUGAUUUUACCAGACUUUAAACAGCCAGCUUGCUUUGGACUGUACUUAAUCUGCUAUUUUGAGGGCAUAAGCAGUGAGAGUGACAUUCCAGACCCAUUCCAUGUCACCUCCAAAUACCAGCUGAUGGACAGGUUUGAGGAAAUUUACUUCCUAAUCCAGGAUCUUGAAAAAUUUGAGCCAGGGCGAAUGCAUCAGAUCCCAGCAAUCUCACCUGAAAAGUAUACUGAAAGCCCCUGUGGCAAACAGCUGAAGGAGGCAUUACAAAAAUUCCAGAAAUGGCAGGCUGAGCAUCCAGAUUGGUUUAAAAGUGAAUGUGCCUGCUAUGAGGGUGAAGAUGAUCUGCAGUCUCUGAGUGGGGAACUCACUGAAGAAUUAAUAUUCCCGAGGGAAUGUAUUCUCAAAAAACAACUGCUUCCAAAGGAACCUGACCCCAAUAGCUGUUGCUUGGUCAAUCUCCAGGUUAAUGAAGAUGACUUGGGAGCAUAUAAAUUGAAACCUCAGCUUCUACCACAAGCAGAUGUAGCAUUCCAGACUGUGGUCACUCCUGCUGAGACACCUUCUGUUCAGGUGGUUAAGCCAGAUGCCCUUACAGAAGAAAAAGAGAUACUCAGUCAUAAACUGUUGACCAAUGAAGAUUGGCUAGAAAGAGGACCCAUGGUAGAAGCUAGCAUCCCAAGAAGAAAUCAUGUCAUUUUUCAAGAGGAUUUAUCCUCAGAUCUCCAGCCCCUGCCAGCUGAUGUAAAGCAACAACUGGAGGGAUUGAUGUAUUCCCUCUAUCAACAAAGUAUCAUCCCCUCUGAUAUGCCCCUAUGCCAAGAAGGUGUUAAUGAGCAGCAACAGCUGGUGUUUGAUGAGUCUUGCAAAGUUCAGAGACAGUCGGUACAAUCAGAUCAGGGUUAUAUCUCCAGAUGUUCUUCUUCACCUUCUGAUAGCCCUGCUGAACAGGAGGAGGAAGAGAACCAAGAACAGGAAGGAUAUUGGUCUGGUGGGCAUCUCACUACAGAUGUCUUAAGUAGUCUAAAACGUCUUCAGCAGCAGUUGCUUUUCCAAGAUAUUCAGAAAAACUGUAGCUGAGGUCACUUGGGAGAGGGAAGGGAGAAUUUGCUCUAUGUUCAUGAAACAAUUAGUGACUGUUGGUUGGGUUGUACAGCAUCCAACCUGAACUAAAUAGCAGUCUGCUGAUUAAUUGAUGAUAUAAACUGCCCCUUAAAAGCAUAGGGAUAGCCACAGAAGAUCAGGAGAAUUCUCCUAAUAUUCCAGAAGGCUUCUCUGAAAGUAACAGGCUGUCUAUUAUUAUUAUUAAGUGCCAGGACACAAAAUAUUGACAUUUAUCAUAAACAGCUGAUUGCAAUAAGCAAGAUGCAAUGGUAUUAAGGUAGAAGAAACAUUCUAGGUGAGAUGGAAAGUCUUGUCUGUUCCAGCAUCAUUUUCUUCAUAGUGGCCAGUUGCAGAUUGUCUGUGAACUUAGUAGUUCUGUAGGCUAACCAGCAGGAGCUUGUCUGGUCUCCUUUUACAAGUAUCCACUUUUGUAACUAUAUUCAUAGUUUGUAGCAAUAAAUUCACCCAGAAUGGUGGCCUAUACAAAGAAGUGCUUUCUGCCAUACACCCUGGAUCUUCUGCCAUUUAAUUCCGUAGUAGUAUCUGCAUUUAUGUUAUUACUAGCAAGGAAGAAAAACUUCUCUAUUUACCUUAUGACUUACACCUUUCUCUCUUACAUACCUCCUUUUGUCACUGUUUGCUUGUUUUCUGAACUAUAAUGUCCAAAACACUUUAUCACAGCUGCUACUUUGAUCAUUUGGAUAACUUUUUUCUGCAGUUUCCUGUGCUAGGAUGUCCAUGUUAAGCUAACAUGGCUGGAGUUGUACACAGUAUUCCAGUCUAUUCAACCAUAGACAAAUAUGGGCUGCUUGAUUGUCAGUUCCUUUCAUCAUAUAGCUAACUGUUCCCUUGUAUGAACUAUCCCUGUUUCAUAGGCAUGGGAUGCCAGUGACACACAUUGAUCAGCUUCAGAAUCUUUUCUCAAUGGCUUCCACCGGUUCAGACACCGUUAAUGUUUGCCAAACUAGAACAUCUUGUCUCAGCAUAGUUGCCUUUUCACUUGCUUAGUCUGAAGUGCAUUUGUCGUUUUGUUGUCCAACUCAGAGAUUUUGUAAGGCAGUGCUCUCUAAGCAUUUUUAAAGGGAAAUUUAAUAAGGUAAAACACUUUAUUGAUACGAAGUCCUGUGUACCAAAUUUGUAAACUUUGCUGACUCUUAAAUUAUGUGAUGAAAGAAAACCAUAUUUUUAGUAAUGUAUUAAUCAAAUUGUUUUGUUUUGUUUUGCAUUUGUAUAUAUAAUAGUUUUGGCCAAGGAGAGUUCUUAGAAAUGAGUGGAUUAGAGAAUGCUGAACAGGUGCUAAAACGGUUUCAUUGUUUUACCUAGUUAUUUAUGUAGAACGAGUAAAUAUGAGUUAAUAGAAGACCCCUGUUGGCACUGUGGCUGAAUUAUCUGUAUAUUAGUCAGAAAUAGGAAGGAUUAAUGGGAUGAUUAACAC